AUAUUAAUAAUUUUUCUAUUUGUCUCUCGUUAUUAUGUAGGAUUAUUAGCAGGAAUUUUCAAAUGAGUCCAAAUACUAUUAGUCACAUUUCGUAUUCUGCUCUUAAGUAUAUGUCAAAAAAAUUUUAAAAUUGAUACAAUGGGUCGCACUGCAUUAAUCAGCCAUGCUGCAGGAAAAAAGCACGUGCAGGCACAGAAAAUUCGCCAACAAACGCUGCCAAUAUCAAAAUUAUUAUCACAAUCCACAGUUGCAGGCGAAAACAUAAGCAGUUUACCUAUUCAAUUAUCUUCACCUUCAGAAACCGUCGAGGAAAAAUCAGCGAAAGGGGUACCGAGCAUCCUGGAACAAGCUUCAAACGAGAGUUUUCGCAAUACUUCUAAAAAUCAAGGAUCAGAAGCUAUAAUGAAAAAGUUUCUAAUCAAGGAACAUGUCACGGAAGCAGAAAUUAUGAUAUGUCUUUAUUCUGUUAUUCACCAUAGUUCUCUGCGAAGCAUUGGCGAUUUAGUAACUCUUUUCUCUAUAAUUUUCCCAGAUAGCGAAAUAUCAAAAGGAAUGAAGUUGCAAAAAGAUAAGGUGAAAUAUACUGUCGUAUAUGGCCUUGCACCUUAUUUUAAAAAGAAACUAGAAUCAAAAAUCAAUCAAUGUUUACAUGUAGUCGUCGGAUUCGAUGAAUGCUUGAAUAAAAUUGCGCAGCGUCAACAAAUGGACCUAUCUAUAAGAUUUUGGUGUGAUGAAAAAAAUAAAGUUAUUACGAAAUAUUUCGAUUCAGUAUUCUUAGGCCAUACACGCGCUAAGGAUCUUCUCCAAGGAUUAAAAGCUGCUGUGCAGGAAAGUAACAUAUCUAAAAUAAUUCAAAUUGGAAUGGACGGUCCGAACGUUAAUUUUAAAAUGAUUAACGAUUUAGAUUUAGAAUUGAAAGAAUUUUCAAGUGAUAAUCCUUUGCCAUUGAAAACGGGUAGCUGUGGUCUUCAUUCGACUCAUGGAGCAUUGAAGGCUGGAAUAAAAGCUUCUAAUUGGAAACUAUUAGAGCUGUUUCGUGCAUUAUACAACUUUUUUAAAGAUUGUCCUGCUCGACGACAAGAUUACUCAAAAAUAACGGAAUCUUUCGAUUUUCCCUUAAAAUUUUGCGAUGUACGUUGGGUUGAGAAUGGAAAAGUGUGUGACAGAGUUCUUAAAAUGUUAGUUCCUUUAAGGAAAUAUAUUAACUUUAUAGAAGAUAUAAAGAAAGAACAAGAGAAAAAACAGCAGAAAAACGACAGAAGAAAGAGAAGAGGGAAAGAAGACUCGAAGAAGAAGGACACGAAACAAUAUGGAAGCAGUCACUUUUAAAUAUUCUGGGGAAUAAAAAUUUCAUGACUAUUGCUGCUGCUAUAAAAGACCAACUCCUUGGACCCAAAUUAGCAUUUUUUAGUUUUUUGACAACGCAAAUGGAACCUUUCCUUACAGCUUUUCAGACUGAUAGUCCUAUGAUCCCAUUUCUCUUUAAUGAAUUAAGCGGAUUAUUUAAAAAUAUAGCAUCUUCCAUUAUCAAAUCUGAAGCACUAGAAGAGUGUACAUUUACAAAAUUAGAUUUGACUAAUAAAGACAUUUUUAUAAAUGUAAAAAAUAUUGAUUUAGGUUUCGCGACAAGAAAUGUUCUUAAGAUUACUGAAAAUUUGAAUGACUUGGACAACCUGAUUUUUCGUAAAGAUUGCAAAAACAUUUUAUUAAGUAUUCUUAAAAAAAUGAAAGAGAGGUCUCCUCUAAAUUAUCCAAUUAUCAAGUACGUUUCAUGUCUAGAUCCGAAAUUUGUAUAUGAACAUCCCAAUAGUGCAUGCCGAAGACUAACAAAUUGUUUGGAUGUUCUGAUUGAGAAUAAAUGGAUUUCCACUAC